AUUUUCUGUCUUUCGUCCAUAGACUCCCUAUUCUCGUCGUCCUGAUCUCUCAUUUCACCUCUUUUCCUCUGACUUUAUUUAAGCAUGAAGAUAUUGAGUCGAACAACUUCAGCCAUUCUCGAUGAAAAGGACACUCUGGAGAUUUUCAUAGGAGAGGUUCAGCUAUCUAGUACAAAUCCAGUGAGGGAAUCAGCGCAAUUCGCGUAUUUGAAAACGAACGUCGUAGAAAUAAACCAGGAAGGUGUAUCAGUAGCUGCGAAAUAUAUAUCUGAAAAACUCCGAUCAGAGUCAUAUACCCCCAGAAUAUGGCGAACUCAUGGCAUUCACAUUCUGCCUCACGAACCUCACUCUCCUUCUGAUCCAUGGAACAAAACCAUACUCGAUUGGAUAUUUUUAAUAUCGUCUUUGAACUUCAGUUUCUGGUCAGAAAAGGAGGGAAGGUCGGAUCAAUACGGUGUCGAGUGGCAGGUCUCCUGGGAGAACGACGAGAAGAAAGUGUGGACAGGUUAUUGGAGUUUAGUUGCAGCUCUGAACAAAGCGCUUCAGAACGGUAUACCAAUCACAGAUCCAACCUUUUAUUCCUCGGAGACGCUGUGCCCCGACUCCUUGAUUGAAUCAAUCUUUGCAUCGGCCGAGCAGUGUUCUGAGACAAUACCACUCCUCCAGCAACGAACCGCCAUUAUGAGAGAAGUGGGCUAUAUAUUAACGACCGCUUUCGGCGGAUCCUACCAAGGUCUUUUGAAUGAAUUCCAGCGUGAACAUCAUGGUCAGGGCACGGCCCUCGACCUUGUGAAAUUCGUGAUAGACACCUUUCCAUCAUUCAGAGAUGAAGUUUACCUCGAGGGUAGAAAAAUAUGUCUCUGGAAGCGUGCCCAAAUCCUUGUCGCGGACACCUGGGCCGCGUUUUAUCCCGAUCCAUCCAUUACAUCGAAACAUCCCCUUUUCCCAGGCGAGCAAGGACCCGCCAUCUGUGACCUGACGAUGUUCGCUGAUUACCGCGUCCCGCAAAUCCUUCAUCAUCUCCGGAUACUCUCCUAUCCUCCAUCAUUGGUGAAGGCUCUUCGUAAAGGUACAACGCUGGAGCCUGGUUCUAGAGAAGAAGUAAGUCUCAGGGCGACUAGCAUCGUUGCAGUAGAGAAAGUGAGGGAAGAGAUUAUCAGGAUUGUUGACACAAACAACAGCGGCGUUGAAGCUGCCGAGAAGGAAACUGCCGGGGAGGUCAGCAGCGUCCUUAUCGAUUUCUUCUUGUGGGAUAUGGCGAAGAGGUUGGAGCGGGGGGAGGAAAGGAUAGAGGGAAUAGAGACAUCUGAUCUACUUCCUGCCCAUCGAACGCGGAGUAUCUGGUACUAGAUGGAGUGGAUAGACUAGUUGCUACUAAUGUACGACUUUCCUUUACCUUGAGGUUUGAUCGACGGAAUAAUCACAUAAGUAUGUAUUGACUGAUUCACACGAGAACCUAAAUCUUCGACACCUGAUAUUGCAUAGAUCAUUGAGUCGUCGGUCGAGAAUUUUUGUCGAGCGGUCAUUUCGAUGUUCUAGGUCCCGACCUUGAGAUUUCAAUGCAUGGGAAA